AUUUAUAUUAUUAUUUUAUUACAAGUUUGUUAGAGUUAGUUAGAGGUUUGUUGGAGAUACUUUUAGCUUGUAUAUAAAGCUACCUUGAGCUCAUUUUUCAGAUUAAGAAAAUCAGAUUAUAAACUCUAUCAUUGAGAUUUCUUUCCCUCAAUAUUUUUCGUUUUCUUCUUCAAUCUUACAUGGUAUCAGAGCUGAAUCUCUUCUGAGAUUUAGGUUACAAAUUUGUUUGCAAAAUUGUUCACAUUUGUUGAUGAAAAAUCGUGCGAUUUGCUGAAGAAUUGCUGCGAAAUUUCUUGCGAUUAUAAUUGCGAAAUUUCUUGCAGAAAUCCUCAACCUACAAUCAGAAUAUUUGCAGUAGGAUCGAAUUGUUGAUCGCAAUGGACACUGAUUCUGAAAACUCUGCUCAUCAAUCAGUCAAUGGAGGUAACUUUGAUCCAUAUUUUGUUGCUAGUUCAGAUAAUCCUACUUCAUCUCUGGUUGUUGUACUGUUCAAUGGCAUGAAUUUUGUUCGCUGGAGCAGAAAUAUUAAGAGAGCACUAAUAGCUAAGAAUAAAGAAGGUUUCAUUAGUUGUGAGAUCACAAAGCCUGCUGUGAAUCAUAAGGAUUAUCCUAAGUGGAAACGAGCUGAUUUUAUGGUGGUGAGUUGGAUCCUGAGUUCAAUGAAUAGUGAACUUGCUGAUGAUUUUGGAUAUAUAGAUAAUGCUAGAGAAUUGUGGAAAGAAUUAGCUGAAAGAUUUGGUCAAUCUAAUGGACCUCUGAUUUAUCAGUUGAAGAAAGAGAUUGACAAUCUUAAUCAAGAAAAUUUGACUAUAGUCACAUAUUAUGGGAAGCUAAAGAAACUGUGGGAUGAAAUGCAGAAUCUGAGAGCUUUUCCUACUUGUAUUUGUGGAGCUCUAAAUACUUGCAGUUGUAUGUUCUUGAAGAAAAUUGCUGAGUUUGAAGAAGAAGACAAGAUGAUGAAAUUUCUACUUGGAUUGAAUGGAGGAUAUGAGAACACUGUCACAAAUGUGUUAUCUAUGGAUCCAUUACCAAGUAUCAAUCGAGUAUUUGCUAUUACUCAGCAAAUAGAAAAACAGAAGGAAGUGAAUAAUAUGAUCACUGAAACUAAUGCUCUAAACAGCAGAACAAUGGUAGCACAAACUCACAAAUCUGCACAGUAUCUGAAGUUUGGUGGUAGUUCUGGAAAGAAAGACUGGAAGGAGUUGAAGAAAGAAAAGAUGUAUAGAGUCUGCACACAUUGUAAAGGAAAAGGUCAUACAGCUGAUCAGUGUUUCAAACUGAUUGGUUAUCCUGAUUGAUAUAAUUCAAUCAAGGCAUCCAAACCUUCACAAGCACAUGUAGACAGACUUGCUGCUAAUGUUUGUUCUUCUGCAAAUGGUGACACUCCCUUGGAUGAUGAUAUUUCUGGAAACACUGGAGGUGUCAGCAAUGAGAUGCUCAAUGCAAUUUGUCAUGAGGUUUUGAAAGCAAUGCAGGGUAAACAGAUGCAGAAUGGGGAUGCUAGUGGAGCAAACUGUUCUUAUGCCAAUUAUGCAGGACCCCUCUAAUUCCAUGGUGAUUGGUGCUGGAAAAUGGAUACAAGGCUUAUACUAUUUUGUCAGACAACCAGAGAAUAUACAAUCAAGUUGUAGUACUGCUGCUAGUGUAGCUACUGAAACUACUACUGAUGUACAUAUGCUUAGUUUGACAAAUAAGACUGCCACUAGUGUAUCUGAAUCUAGGAUUGGGCAUAGGAAUAAGCUUGAUUUGUUACAUGCUCGACUAGGACAUGCUUCUUUGUCAAAAAUGAAACAUGUAUAUCCUGAAUAUUGUCAACAUGUUACAGAAUAUAAUUGUGGUGUUUGUUGUAGUUCCAAACAACAUAAAUUUCCAUUUGUUAAGAAUGACAAUAAAGCUGCAGAGUGUUUUGAUUU